AUGGGAGUACUCGCUAAUUUGGGAUCAUGGCUUCAGCCAACGUUCUCACCUACCAAAGAGGAUCACUCACAUGUGACGAGUUCAUCACGUCGCCCAUCUUCGACACUCCGCCUACCGCACAAGCGGACGAUCGAUGAUAGUUCUUCAGAGGAGAUUUCGCUUCCUUCUCAAUUGACUCAAAACAAAUUGACUGGUCAUCAAAACAAGCUGUCAAUUCCGAAGGUCCAGCCUUCAAGCAGGCUCAUGACUCCAAGCCCUGCCCCGAGUGCCAAUAUUGAAGUGGUCAUCCCGUCGCCGUCUCAACGACAGCAGAAGCUGAUCAAGACGCUGAAGUCGGUUGAUUCUCCUCGCGAUGGUUCCUGGGACCAUCGGUUCCCGACCGACGCCGAAGAGCGUCAAAAGGCAGCUUUGCGGGCUUACCCUCAUGCGCGCAAGGCGUUGCGCUAUGAAUUGAACCAAAAGCUGAAGCGCAUUAGUGGACCAGAAGUCUCGCUCGAUAUGGACGACGAGCAAGUUGCGAUGCUAUCAGCCAACUUUGGUUUCCUGAAUGAGUACAAAUUGCAGGAUGGCAUUACUCGUGCGGACCCCGCAUUCAACGCAGGAUGCACCUGCAAUGGUCCCUGUGAUCCUGAGUCGUGCGACUGCAUCGAGAUGGAAGAGGACGAAGAUAAGCCGAUCUCGACCUAUCGAAGAGUUCAUGACAAAAUCGUCCUUGGGUCAGAUUUCCUCAAGCGAAAGCGUCACCCCCGGAUCCUGGAGUGCAAUGAAGCUUGUGGGUGUAAAGGUAAAUGCUGGAACACAGUCGUCCAGCGAGGGCGGAGUGUUAGACUUCAAAUCUUUGACACUGGAGUCCGUGGUCUCGGUCUUUGCUCCCCAGACCCGAUCGUCGCCGGUCAAUUUAUUGACAUCUACCUUGGAGAGGUAAUCAGUAAGAAAGAAGCCGACGCCCGCGAGAACACAGACGAAAAAAAUCAAUCGUAUCUAUUCACUCUCGACCACAAUCGGAACGAUGGCGCUGUGAUCGCGGAGUAUGGCGAAGACUUUGAUGACUUCUACGUGGUGGAUGGUCAAAAAUUCGGCUCUCCCACACGGUUCAUGAACCAUUCUUGCAAUCCUAAUUGCAUAAUUGCCCCCCCGAAGACCGAGCUAACAUUUGACUACAACCCAAAUUGGGACGGUAACAACAAGAUCGACCCCAAUGCUGUCCAAUGUCUUUGCGGAGAGCGCAACUGCCGCGGCCAGCUAUGGCCUAAUGCCCGCAAAAAGGGUCGUAAGGUCUAA